GGUACCCAAACGCGGAGGUUGGACUGCCUGCAGUUGCGAAGGGCUUUCGAAGGAGUGUCUCCACCCUGCUAGUGAAAGGCUUUCUCCCAACUACUGCGAAAAAGGGCGCAUUUCUGGUUUUUUUUUUUUCAACCUGCAAGUCCUUUCUUCAUCGUCUCCCUGCUGGUUUUACUCAGAUUACGAAGUUUGGCCACCCGGGGGCAACGAUUUGAGCACUGACUUCGGAUAAUCUAGCAUCAGGAGGGUUCCUCGUCAUGGGUUCGUGGGAGUUAUGGAAUGCGAGUGCGAACGAGUCGGCCUGGGAUUUUUGUCCCGAGACUGUGUCGAGGAUUAUCUGCACAAAUUGUUCGUGUCUGGAUGGGAUGGAGAAUUAUUCGGCCGUCGUGCAGCAUUUCGCAAGCCUCAUUCAGGACACUUGGGGUGAACCGGAUAUCCCCUUCGGGAUCAGCAUUCUCCUGACGACUGUGUACUCGCUCAUCUUUGCGACCGGACUGCUUGGAAAUUUCUGCACAUGUCUCGUUAUCGCCAGAAAUAGGUACAUGCAAACGGCGACCAACUAUUACUUGUUCAGUCUGGCGGUGAGUGAUAUCAUGUUGCUGGUUCUCGGCACCCCCGACGACAUCGUACGCAGCUGGUUCACCUAUCCGUACAUAUUCGGCGACACUUUUUGCCGAGUACGUGGCAUGGCGGCUGAAGCUUGCACAUACGCAUCGAUUUUAAUUAUCACUGCAUUCACCGUCGAGCGAUGGGUCGCCAUAUGCCACCCAAUGUGCACAGCUCACCGACUUUUCAAUCCCACAGGACGUGACGAUAGUCGCCUGAGUCAGGUGAAGAUGGUGAUCGUGGCGCUUUGGGUGCUCGGGUUCCUGUUCGCCAUUCCGCAGGCGAUAACAUUCAGGGUGAUUUACGAGCGUCUACCGGACGGCACCAUCAUUGAAAACCUAUCGGCAUGUAACGUUGCGGAAGGAUUUCAAUCCUUCUCCAAGUUCUCUUUCGUUUUCUCGGCGUUUUUCAUGUUCGUGCUCCCGAUGGUUCUCAUCACGGUGCUGUACGUUCACAUUGCCGUAAGCCUGCGACAGGCCACAUGGAAAGCGAACAAUGACUCAGCUAUCACGGCCGGGGGACAAGCCGGACGCAGUCUCGCGCAACGACAGGACAACCACCACCACAAUCACAAGAACGUCAUCACGAUGCUGGGUCAUGAGAUCCACAGGGAUUAUUGGAUUGCCGCCGCGGUCUUACUGCAGAUAACGAAAUUCUUUUGGUCGCCGAUGGAAGCGAGAUUAGAUUCGUGCAUCGAGAAAGCUCCAGAUGAAGAUCCGUCCCCGAAUGGCUUCGGAUUCAAUAACCCGGAAAUUCUGAUCAAAACCGUCUCGCAAGCACGAACAUACAGCACCUUGGAUUUCCUUCCCCCGGCUGUGGCUGUUGUCAUCGCAUUCUUCGUGUGCUGGGCACCAUUCCAUGCACAGAGGCUGCUAGCACUGGUUUAUGAAGGAGAGACGGACAGUGCUUUUCGAAUUCCCUACGCCGCAUUACACUUCACGUCUGGGAUCAUGUACUACGUCUCUGCGACCAUAAACCCAAUUUUGUACAACAUUCUGUCAGUCAAGUUCAGGAAAGCAUUUCAAGAUACAUGGAAGGAACUGUGCGGGAAGAAUGGGAGUUCGCACCAUCGGACAGGUACAGAAAUCUCACACAACAGAAUGGCAAUGCAAAGGAUGUCAGGCUCUGCCAACAGUGGGGCCCAUAACGCAAGGGCAACCGAGACAACUUGCAAUGGAGGAACGAUCAAAACGUUGGCUCUGCUGCCACCAACUCCACAAUCCGGAGAUCCGACUCAAGCCCUCAUCUGAUUGUAACUCGAAAAUGAUUACCUUCUGUGUUCAAUUUUGCCCUUCAAACACGGAUACGUUACCAUUGCCAGAACUAUGUAUGUUGUAAUACUAUAUCACCAAUAGUUGCGGUUGAGCGAACUUCAAAAACAGGCCAAGAGGAAGUGAGCUGGAUUGAUGAGAACUCCAGAGAAAAAGCAGCUUGUUCCACACAUAGGCUACUUACAGUACACCCCAUGUUCUUUAAGCAGAAUCACAAGCACAUAAGUUAGAAAAUUAAUUUUCAACAGUAAUAAUCAAGAAGUGACACGAAUACAGCACGUUGCGGUCGAAGUUUGAUGCCAUGCAUAACAGGUCCCGCUUCAGCAUGACAUCAAGGCUGUGUCUUACGAUUCGGCUCAGAUUAAAUCAGCGAACAUUCCAGACUUCUGGAGUUACGGAUUCGUACAUAUCAAAACGAGUCACAGUAUUUUCAAUUAACGUAAAUUUACACCCGACGAGGCAAUAAACAAACAUGAGGUCGAAAACUGGUUUAUAAGUACAGUACUGUAUAACAGUCCAGUCUCAUACCGAGAGUUCUCAAAAAAUGCACCAAGUUCAGGGCAUGAGUUGCGGUAGUCUCCACCAGUUCUGAAUUCGAUAACAUUGUAGCGUUUAGAAAAAAUGAAGAAAAACACUAUGCACAAAUUAUCACGUUUAGUAAGUGAACCGCUGAACUCUUUUCUAGUACUGCGCGGUAAUUCAAUCCAAAAUCCUGUCAACGACGCUUCACUGCCACUUUACUUCGUGCUACGUAUUUCCCGGAGAGAUAUUCCUCUUUUGUGCAACACGAAAUGCCCUCGCAGGCUUUUGAAUGAUUUGACAGAAGAUUAUGCAUUAAAUACUGAUUUUUCAAAUGAAAGACCUUCAAUUGAACACUUCUCAAGGACACAAGUUUUGAAGCAUAAUUUCCGAGUUAUCACAAAGCUACAGAAACAUACACAGCUAGUUAAUGGCCAUUUUAACCGGCGAAAUUUGAAUGUUCAAGAAGUGUGAGUGAAAAUAUUAUGUAUGCUGCUCAUUUGUAGUUUGUCUGGCUUUGUGAAACCUGCUAGAAUGAUUGUUGUUCUAAAAGAUCCGUGGAAAUUUGUUCAAUGAGCUUCAUGGCACUCUGAACAGACUUGACUAAGUAUCCGAUUAAAUGUCGGGUCAUGCACGUUGAAAAAAGAAAAAUACAUGAACGUCUUCGUCC